UUGAAUACAAGCACCGAACUUUCUGCACUCAGAGACCCAGCCACAGCAGACUUUACAUUCUGAGCUGUGAUUGCUCUCUGAGGGCUAUUGGUUUAUUGCAUUAUUCAUUAGGAAUACAUUUACUUUUGAAUGUACAUAAUUAGCUUUGAGUGUAACAGUUAAAACCUACCGACGGGAACUGACAUCAGCCUAAUUUGUUCAAAGUCGACUUUUGUAUUAUAUUUUGAAUUUAUAAGUGAGUUUAAGGGCUUAGCAGUAGGAUUAAGUGCGAUCUGUCAGCGAGGCAGGUCUAAUGAGCAUCUCGCAUCACCAAAUCCCUUAAACACAACAAAGGCCGCAGCUGAGCUUCCAUAGUGAUGGUGUUCGGACUUGGAUAAAGUGUCACUCUGUGGUUUCAUGUGGCUGUUUGUAGAUUCAAUACUAUGAACAGUGUGGGAAUCCAAGCUUUCGGUAGCAGAUGCGAUUUUCACGGUGGCGUCCACCUGUCCAACAUUUGCUUCCUUUGAUCCACCAGAAUCAGACUGAACACCUGCCCACCUUUCAACCUGUGUGCCAGAGCAUUGGACUGGGAACCAUGAAAGAGGAAACCUGCCCUUCUCCACUCAGACUCCCACCCAUCUUGAGGCAACCGUUAAGCAUCACUGGACUCUAUAUUCCAAGGGACAACAGGGUCUACCCAAAAAGGCAUCAUAAAGAGCAAAGCCAACAGGCUUAUAGAAAGAUGGCUUUCAGUUAUCGGAAUGAACAUAUCCCUGCAGUCAUUAAGGGACAUCAACACUUCGGCUUCGGAGGAUCUGUGUUGCCUGAGUCUGUCAUCAUUGAGCAAUAUUAUGACCUCACCCUCACCAAGAAGAGUAAUGUCCGACUGAAUGACCAGCUGGUUCCCAACCCGACGGACAUUGACAUGAGUAAGAAGAUGAUUAAAGUCGAUAUUCCGAGGGAACAUCCUUUCAGCUCCCACAUCGCCCGGUAUCCCGCUAUGUUUCCAUCAUACCGAUCCCUACCAGUCCAGCCCUCCAGUGCUUCUGCUCCUGUAGUUGUGUGGCGGCAUCAUCAAUGGAGCAAAUAAACUAAAUAA